UGUGGAGUGUCGAAGUUCCCUUGGUCUUAUGACUCCAGAGAGACUUGUCUUGUGCUCGAGGGCGAGGUAAUUGUCACUCCCAACAAAGGCGAGCCUGUUAAGAUCCAGGCCGGCGACAUGGCGGUCUUCCCGCAGGGCAUGUCCUGCACGUGGGACGUGACGAAGGCUAUUCGCAAGCACUACAACUUUGAUUAG